UUGCUGGAGGUGCCCCAGUUGUAGGGUGGCAAAUGGUGGUGGGAGCAGGUGCUUCCUAAGAAGCUACCUGCCAAGACAGUGGGAUAAGUAGCUUAUCUUUCAUGCCUAUCUUAUGGCCUUGCUCACUGUUUUUUGUUUAAACAUUUUUCUUUUCUUGUGCCUUCUUUCUUCUCUCCUGGCCUUUCUAGACACCACACCAGGCUGCAGGUCAGCCUUUUAAAUUCACUAUUCCAGAGUCUCUAGAUCGGAUCAAAGAGGAGUUUCAGUUCCUCCAAGCUCAGUAUCACAGCCUUAAAUUGGAAUGUGAGAAACUGGCAAGUGAAAAGACAGAAAUGCAACGGCACUAUGUGAUGUACUAUGAAAUGUCCUAUGGAUUAAACAUUGAAAUGCACAAGCAGACAGAAAUCGCCAAGAGAUUAAAUACGAUUUGUGCACAAGUCAUCCCAUUUUUGUCUCAGGAACAUCAGCAGCAAGUGGCCCAAGCAGUAGAACGUGCCAAACAAGUGACCAUGGCUGAACUAAAUGCCAUCAUCGGGGUACGUGGCCUUCCAGGUCUACCUCCUACACAGCAACAGUUGCAAGCUCAGCAUCUGUCCCAUGGCCAUGGACCUCCAGUGCCUCUUACACCACACCCAUCAGGACUUCAACCUCCUGGAAUUCCUCCACUUGGAAGCAGUGCUGGCCUUCUUGCCCUCUCUAGUGCUUUGGGUGGGCAGUCUCACUUGGCAAUAAAAGAUGACAAGAAGCAUCAUGAUGCAGAACACCACAGAGACAGAGAGCCGGGCACAAGUAAUUCUCUUUUGGUACCGGACAGCCUGCGAAACACAGAUAAACGCAGGAAUGGUCCUGAAUAUUCCAAUGACAUCAAAAAAAGAAAGGUGGAUGAUAAGGAUUCCAGCCACUAUGACAGUGAUGGGGACAAGAGUGAUGAUAACUUGGUUGUGGAUGUAUCCAAUGAGGAUCCUUCAUCGCCACGGGCAAGUCCUGCACACUCACCACGUGAGAAUGGCAUAGAUAAAAACCGUCUGCUGAAAAAAGAUGCCUCUAGCAGUCCUGCAUCCACAGCCUCCUCAGGAAGUUCCACUUCCUUGAAAUCCAAAGAAAUGAGUUUGCAUGAAAAAGCCAGCACGCCUGUUCUGAAAUCCAGCACACCGACUCCUCGAAGUGAUGUGCCAACUCCGGGCACUAGUGCUACUCCAGGACUUCGUCCAGGCCUUGGCAAACCGCCAACAAUGGACCCUCUGGUUAACCAAGCUGCUGCUGGUUUGAGGACACCCUUGGCGGUAUCAGGACCAUAUCCUGCUCCAUUUGGAAUGGUACCUCAUGCUGGCAUGAAUGGAGAUUUGACCAGUCCAGGGGCAGCUUAUGCCAGUCUGCACAACAUGUCCCCGCAGAUGAGUGCUGCUGCAGCCGCGGCCGCUGUGGUUGCCUAUGGACGAUCUCCUAUGGUUGGAUUUGAUCCUCCUCCUCACAUGAGAGUACCUGGAAUCCCUCCAAAUCUAGCAGGAAUCCCUGGGGGGAAACCAGCAUACUCCUUUCACGUUACUGCGGAUGGUCAGAUGCAGCCUGUACCUUUCCCUCCCGAUGCCCUCAUUGGACCAGGAAUCCCUCGCCAUGCUCGUCAGAUCAACACUCUGAAUCACGGGGAAGUAGUAUGUGCAGUUACCAUCAGCAACCCCACAAGACACGUGUACACAGGUGGAAAGGGAUGUGUCAAAGUCUGGGAUAUUAGCCAACCCGGCAACAAGAGCCCUGUCUCUCAGUUGGAUUGCCUGAACAGAGAUAACUACAUCCGCUCCUGUAAAUUGCUGCCUGAUGGAUGCACCCUCAUAGUUGGUGGGGAAGCCAGCACAUUAUCCAUAUGGGACCUGGCAGCACCAACUCCUCGUAUAAAAGCAGAGCUGACAUCAUCUGCUCCAGCCUGCUAUGCUCUGGCUAUCAGCCCUGAUUCCAAGGUCUGCUUCUCGUGCUGUAGUGAUGGGAACAUUGCAGUAUGGGAUCUGCACAACCAGACAUUGGUCAGGCAAUUCCAGGGCCACACAGAUGGAGCCAGCUGUAUUGACAUUUCUAAUGAUGGUACCAAGCUCUGGACGGGAGGUUUGGACAACACUGUCAGAUCCUGGGACUUGAGAGAAGGGAGACAGCUACAACAGCAUGACUUCACAUCACAGAUCUUUUCCCUGGGCUAUUGCCCUACUGGUGAAUGGCUAGCUGUGGGAAUGGAAAGCAGCAAUGUGGAAGUACUACAUGUAAAUAAACCAGACAAGUAUCAACUACACCUUCAUGAGAGCUGUGUGUUGUCACUUAAGUUUGCUUACUGUGGUAAAUGGUUUGUGAGUACUGGAAAAGAUAACCUUCUUAAUGCCUGGCGGACCCCCUAUGGAGCCAGUAUAUUCCAGUCCAAAGAAUCCUCAUCUGUACUUAGUUGUGACAUCUCUGUGGAUGAUAAAUACAUAGUUACUGGUUCUGGAGACAAGAAAGCUACGGUCUAUGAAGUCAUCUACUGAAAAAUGUGAUGGGCACAUAACUUAGAGUUGAACUGGGCCAAAUGUUCUUAAUUUGUAGAAGUAGAAAGGUUUUAACCUUUUUAAAAAAUGGAACAAAAUACCGGAUUGCAGAUCUUGAAAUGAAACAACUCCAAGUAUACAAAAUAGAAGCCAACAUCCAGCAACUAGGUAUCAGCUACCUGGACCAAAUGAAAUAUGGAGGCAAGAUGGACAGAUGUAGCCUAGGUUUGGGGGAUUUAAAAAAAGGAGUCUGCUGAUGAAUGUUGAAGCCGCCUUUUUUCUUUCUUUCUUUUUUUGUGAUCUCAUACAAACCUUUCUCAUUGCCUGAAUAUGUGGGAUUACCUUUCUUUUUCUUGCAGUUCAACUUGCAUUCUGUCCUGUGUAGAGCAGUGAUGUCUCAGAUGAACUUGCUUUCCUGGUUUUGCAUCUUGUGAUAUGUUUUUGUAUUUUUGUUGAAGGUCAAACAUUUGUAUAAAUUGUAAAUAUAUUUCGUUUAUUACAGUAAAGGCUUUAGUACCAACA